UAAUCCUUUGAACACUAUGUGUCUGAUUGCACCCCAAACGGUUCCCUCUCUUAGCAUCCUCUCAAAAACUGAAAACUCUCAAAUGUCAGCACAAAUUGGGCUUGAUUUGCUGCCAUCCAACUCCCAAUCCCCUUUUCCGUAAUUUUCCCACGCCAGGCAGAGGAACUUGACCCCAAAUUAAAUUAGUGUGCUGCUUAAUGUCAACCUAGUACCCCGAGUCAUUAAUAAAUCAUUAAUUUCAUUAUCAGGAUUUUUUGAAAUGCUAAUUUUAGUGCCAAAGUGUUGUUUUGUUAAUGUGCAAUCCACACCACAUAUUUUUGCAGAGAAAAGAAUCUUUAUAUUAAGCAGGUUGUCAUGUCUGGGAUUCUUGCUUUUCAGAGGGAUGCAGUUGGGUAUUUCUGUAUUGUGCAGUUUACCCUGCAAAACAUGGGUUGCAGAGGGCUUCGUAUGUGCGUCAAAGGGUUAAUGGACACAUUUCAUAUCCAUGUCCUUUUAAUACCUGGUAACUGAAUUUCAGAAAUGGUACAUGUGUAAGUAUUUCAGCACAUGAAAAGUGUUUGGUUGGUUGAUUUGCACUCUGUGGCACUCAGGCUGUGGGAAUCUGUGGUUUCUGGCAGCAUGUCUAGGUCAGGUAAUCAUAAGGAAGGCUAGAAAUGUACUGGCUCUUUGCAACACUCCACAGAAAUCAGCCAGCGGCCCAACAAGGUUAGCUGUGCCGGUGCAGCACCUGCUGUGAUGGCAUCUUGACUGUUCCCUUCUUGAAAUAUAAUCUUAAACUGCGUUACGCUCAGACACAAUCCCAUGUCUCUUAGUCUUUUGAGAAGCAUUCAUUGUAGGGGAGUGUGGCUGCUUACUCUGUUCUUGUGCAUAUUAUGGAAAGGGUGGGGUUAUUUAACGGUGAUUCAGGGGGAAACUUGUCAUAUCCAGGAAUAUUGACAUCCUUACAAGGUUUAUUUAUUUUUCAAUAAUUUUUUGAAGGCCUAUUUCUAAUAUUACGCAAACAGGCCUUGGGGUGAAUUAGUAAUGGAAUUAACCUGUAGGUUUUCAUGUGACAGGCUACAACUGUCACUGCUUAGGGAUUUUCCCACUAGGCAUUCCUGUUAUUAGUGGAAAGGAAUUUGGGUUUCAUGAACUUUUGAUGUUCCAGACCCAGUUUUGGCUUAGAACAUUUGACUGCAAUAAGUGCAGUGAUUUCAGCCCCUAGUUUGCUUAGAAAUAGUCAGCUGGCAUAGUUUGCAGGAUCUUUCAAAGCCAUUGGCUCUGUUUGGUUUAUUGGGCGAAGACGUGGGGAAAUGGUGAUUGGCCGACAACUGUUGGUCUCUCUUUGAGCAUCAGGGGAAAGCAGCCCACUUAAGUGAUUCAGGGGGCUUCGCUAAAUACUGUGCCCUACUGUGCCCAGGUGCUGCGCUACUGCAGACUACCGGACUGUUUCUCUCUAACUUCUGUAAGUCCUUAGUAUAAACGCAUUAGGUAAGACCAUUUCCCCAGCCACAGUCUUAAGGUUCCCAAGAAGUUUUUGGAACCAAGGUCUUGUAAGACUGCUUCAGAAACUAGUUGUGCUUGUCUGUUUCAUAACUAUUUUGCUAAGUGUUUGGCAUACUUGGCCUCAUAGCCUGGAGGACACUGAAUUUUUGUCCCCUUCCGCUCUUUUAUUAGAUUGACAAUUUUCUAACCUGAGCAAAGUUUAAUAGAAAACCCCAUUCAGGUUUUUUUUUUUGUUUUUUUUUUGAGAUCUAUCUAAACUGCAUGUAGUCAAAUCCAAGUAGUUAUCCAGCAUCUGUUAUACAAGCAAGAGUUGUGUGUAAAUAUAUUUCCAUUUUAGGUACAUUUUAAAAUGGAAAUAUAUAUAAAAGAAUCUGUGUACCGCGAUUCCACAGGCCCAUACUAACUGUCCUUAAUUUCUCUCCUACAGCAGUACUGCUAUGCCAGUCCUGUCUGCAUUCUCAUAAGAGUGCAGCAACACAUCCUGUGUAGGUUAUGGUGAAACAAUCAGAAGCAAGCGUUGUCAGUUAUGUCAGGCCCCUGGGCCCCGAUGGGCCGGCUGGUUGUGAAGGCGUGUUAGUGGCCUCCUAAAACCACCUGGUUCUUAACAAUCCUCAGUACUCCUGGUCAUCAGUCCACUUUCAGCUUUUUAAUGGAGUUAGGCUAGUCAGACAUGGGAAUUUGAUAAAUUAGUUUGACUCAUUGUUAAAUUCCCAGUUUCUGGAGUCUCUUUUUUUUGGGGGGGGGUGGGGGGGGCAGAAUUAACAUGGACACUGUCCAUUGGGAGCCCUUACUAAUAAGGGUCUCUGAGUCCUGGUCUUUAAUGGUAUCCCUUAUCUGGACAGCAUUUAAAAAAAAUUUGAUUAUUGUCACAAAAUGAAAAACCAAAGCUUAUAUAGCAGGAUCUUGAAAUAUCAAAAUUUUUAGAUGAGUGACUCCAGCAGUUAAGAAUUUUAAGGGAUUUCCAAGAUUAGAGUACAAUGAGGAUAUUUUCUCUAAGUAACGUAAAAGCAGGUGGUAUGCUUUGUGUGUGAGUUCAAACCCUUUUCCAAAGUGUUACUAAUGGUAAAGAGAAUUUUCUAGGCUUCUUUUCUGCCGGUUGAAGUCGACUGCAGAAGGACCCUGGCACAGAGAGUGAGGCAAAACGCCAGACCCCAAGGUACAGGCCCGGACGUACAUGGACGUCAUGAGGGAGCAGCACCUCACCAAAGAGGAGAAAGAGAUCCGCCAGCAGCUGGCAGAAAAGGCCAAAUCCGGAGAACUGAAAGUUGUCAACGGCUCCACAGCCUCUCAGGCCGCCAGCGCAGUGAAGCGGAAGCGACGCUGGGACCAGACUGCCGACCAGACGCCCAGCAACGCCACGCCUAAGAAGGUGUCCAGCUGGGACCAGGCUGAUGCCGCUUCAGAGACUCCAGGCCACACCCCCUCAAACAGCCGCUGGGACGAGACGCCCGGCCGGCCCAGGGGCAGCGAGACUCCCGGGGCCACACCCAGCUCACGCAUGUGGGAGCCCACGCCCAGCCACACGCCAGCCGGAGCCGCCACGCCGGGCCGUGGGGACACACCCGGGCAUGCCACGCCAGGCCACGGGGGGGCCACCUCCAGUGUGAGGAAGAACCGCUGGGACGAGACUCCAAAGACGGAGAGGGAGACCCCUGGCCAUGGCAGCGGCUGGGCUGAGACCCCCCGCACCGACCGCGGCGAUGAGUCUGUCGGGGAAACCCCCACCCCUGGGGCCAGCAAAAGAAAGUCCCGCUGGGAUGAGACCCCUGCCAGCCAGAUGGGCUCCUCCACCCCCCUCCUGACUCCAGGGAAGACCCCCAUUGGGACCCCAGCGAUGAACAUGGCCACCCCCACACCUGGACACCUUAUGAGCAUGACCCCAGAGCAGCUGCAGGCCUGGCGCUGGGAGAGAGAGAUUGACGAAAGGAACCGGCCACUUACUGAUGAGGAGCUGGAUGCCAUGUUCCCAGAAGGUUACAAGGUGCUGCCACCCCCGGCAGGUUAUGUACCCAUCCGCACUCCGGCCCGCAAGCUGACUGCCACUCCAACCCCCAUCGGAGGCAUGACUGGUUUCCACAUGCAGACUGAAGAUCGCAGCCUGAAAUCAGUCAAUGACCAGCCUUCUGGGAACCUCCCCUUCCUCAAGCCCGAUGACAUCCAGUAUUUUGACAAGUUGCUGGUGGAAGUGGAUGAGUCUACUUUAAGCCCAGAGGAACAAAAGGAGCGUAAAAUCAUGAAGCUUCUGCUGAAGAUCAAGAAUGGUACUCCUCCCAUGAGAAAGGCUGCUCUUCGUCAGAUCACCGACAAGGCUCGCGAAUUUGGGGCAGGACCCCUCUUCAACCAGAUCCUGCCCUUGCUCAUGUCGCCCACCCUUGAGGAUCAGGAGCGUCACCUGCUGGUCAAGGUCAUUGACCGUAUCCUGUACAAGCUGGAUGACUUGGUCCGGCCGUAUGUUCACAAGAUCCUGGUGGUGAUUGAGCCCCUCUUGAUCGAUGAGGAUUACUAUGCCAGAGUGGAAGGCAGAGAAAUCAUCUCUAACUUGGCCAAGGCGGCAGGUUUGGCCACCAUGAUCUCCACCAUGAGGCCUGAUAUCGACAACAUGGAUGAGUACGUGAGGAACACAACAGCCCGCGCCUUCGCAGUGGUGGCUUCCGCCUUGGGCAUCCCGUCCCUCCUGCCCUUCCUUAAGGCUGUGUGCAAGAGCAAGAAGUCAUGGCAGGCGCGCCACACCGGGAUCAAGAUCGUGCAGCAGAUCGCCAUCCUCAUGGGCUGUGCCAUCUUGCCUCACCUGCGUAGCUUGGUGGAGAUCAUUGAGCAUGGGCUGGUGGACGAGCAGCAGAAGGUGCGCACAAUCAGUGCCCUGGCCAUUGCCGCUUUGGCUGAGGCGGCCACCCCUUACGGUAUUGAGUCGUUCGACUCUGUGCUCAAGCCUCUCUGGAAGGGUAUUCGACAACACAGAGGCAAGGGUCUGGCUGCCUUCUUGAAAGCCAUUGGUUAUCUGAUCCCCCUGAUGGAUGCUGAAUAUGCCAACUACUACACCAGGGAAGUGAUGUUGAUCCUCAUCAGAGAGUUCCAGUCCCCUGAUGAGGAAAUGAAGAAGAUUGUACUCAAGGUGGUGAAGCAGUGCUGUGGCACUGAUGGUGUCGAGGCCAACUACAUUAAGACUGAAAUCCUGCCACCUUUCUUCAAGCACUUCUGGCAGCAUAGGAUGGCUCUGGAUCGACGCAACUACAGACAGCUGGUGGAUACCACUGUGGAACUGGCCAACAAGGUGGGUGCAGCAGAGAUCAUCUGCCGAAUUGUGGACGAUCUGAAAGAUGAAGCAGAGCAGUACAGAAAGAUGGUCAUGGAGACCAUUGAGAAGAUCAUGGGUAACCUAGGUGCUGCAGACAUUGACCAUAAGCUGGAGGAACAGCUCAUUGAUGGCAUCCUCUACGCCUUCCAGGAACAGACCACAGAGGACUCUGUGAUGCUGAAUGGCUUUGGUACAGUGGUCAAUGCCCUUGGGAAGCGGGUGAAGCCCUACUUGCCUCAGAUCUGCGGUACGGUCUUGUGGCGUCUCAACAACAAAUCCGCAAAGGUGCGACAGCAGGCGGCCGACCUUAUUUCCCGCACUGCCGUGGUGAUGAAGACCUGUCAAGAGGAGAAGCUAAUGGGUCACUUGGGUGUGGUCUUGUAUGAAUACCUGGGAGAGGAAUACCCUGAAGUGCUGGGCAGUAUUUUGGGAGCCCUGAAGGCCAUUGUCAAUGUCAUUGGCAUGCAUAAAAUGACCCCACCCAUCAAAGACCUUCUGCCCCGCCUGACACCCAUCUUGAAGAACAGGCACGAGAAGGUGCAAGAAAACUGCAUUGACCUGGUGGGCCGAAUUGCUGACAGGGGUGCGGAAUAUGUGUCUGCCCGAGAAUGGAUGAGGAUCUGCUUUGAGCUGCUGGAGUUAUUGAAGGCCCACAAGAAAGCCAUUCGGAGAGCCACUGUCAACACCUUCGGCUACAUCGCCAAGGCCAUUGGUCCUCAUGAUGUGCUGGCCACCCUGCUGAACAACCUGAAGGUACAGGAACGUCAGAACCGUGUCUGCACCACGGUGGCCAUUGCUAUUGUAGCCGAGACCUGCUCACCUUUCACCGUGCUCCCCGCGCUCAUGAACGAGUACCGAGUGCCCGAACUCAACGUCCAGAAUGGCGUGCUCAAGUCCCUCUCCUUCCUCUUCGAGUACAUCGGAGAAAUGGGCAAGGAUUAUAUAUAUGCCGUCACCCCCCUUCUGGAAGAUGCCCUCAUGGACAGGGACCUGGUGCAUCGGCAGACAGCCAGCGCCGUCGUCCAGCACAUGUCCCUGGGCGUCUACGGCUUUGGGUGCGAGGACUCUCUCAACCACCUGCUGAACUACGUGUGGCCCAACGUAUUUGAGACGUCGCCACACGUCAUCCAGGCGGUGAUGGGCGCUCUGGAGGGCCUGCGGGUCGCCAUCGGGCCCUGCCGCAUGCUGCAGUACUGUCUGCAGGGUCUGUUCCACCCAGCCAGGAAGGUACGUGAUGUGUACUGGAAGAUCUACAACUCCAUCUACAUUGGAUCUCAGGAUGCUCUGAUUGCUCACUAUCCGCACAUCUACAACGACGAGAAGAACCCUUUCAUCCGCUAUGAGCUGGAGUACUUCGUAUAG